UCUUCUCGCAAACACUCAUCUUUAUCGCACUCUUGCUCAAGUCUCGUGUUUCUGGAGUUUGGCACACGCGCAACAUCACAUUGAUCGCUGUGUCAUCUAAAUAUGUCGGUGUAAACGGAGAUAGAGGAGAGAGAAGCCGAGGGAAGAUGAAAUCGGCGCGUCUGUGGAUGCUUGUCUGUUUGGCGACUGCGUGUUGUCAGCUUGGCACCGGUGAUAGAUACGGUUGUCUGUUUGAUGAAGGCCUGUGCUCCAACGGUCAGGUUUGCUGGGAUGAUGAGCUGUUUGGUCAGUGUCUUACACAGAGACAGGAAAGGUUUCGCUACAGGGUGACUGCAGUUCUACUGGACAGACUGCAGUCAUUACUGCAAACGCUUAUGAAAGAAGGAUUAACUUGGCGGGAUGAUGUCACCCAAUCAGUGAUUAAGAAAGAACUUAGCAAAGUUCCGAAGAUCCCACAGUCUUCUGGGAUAAAGAAUGUCCCAUCCACAGAGUCUCAGAGUGGCCCUUCAAACCAGUUCAACUCCAAACCGGUGCAGCCUUAUAUGGACUACAUGAUUGUCGAUCCACCUCAGUCAUCUCUCCAUAUGCAGAGUUUGGAUCCUUAUAGUUACCAGCGAUAUGGUUACCAAGAUGAAGAGGAGCGCUCUUUGAAUCUGGUGGAGGGGGGCAGGUACCCACCGGCCUCCUCUCGCUUUAGGGGAAAUUCGCCACUUCCUCCAUCUCUAGAUAAAGAUGAUCAGCUUCUGCAGGAUCUGAUGACUCUCCUCCUUUCCUCGCCCGCACAGCCCACCUCACGUCAUCGCGUGGCAGCACCUCACUCCGCCUCAUCUUUUUUUCAGGAGCUGGACUUCCCACUUGACUAUAACAAGGAUUUCUUUUCCCAAGAUGAGAAGAUCAACAGCCAACAGGAGCAAAAGAAAGGUCCCCAGAAGUAUGGAGUGUUUUCUGGGCACAGUGGACCCACUCAACAGAGCCUAAAUGAGCUGCUCCUGCAACAUGGAUUUGAUCUAAACCACUUGAACCCUGAGGAGAUGGAGCGCCUCUUCACUGUCCUUCAGCUCCUGCAAAGUGAACCGACAAACAAUGAGAGAAAACCUGAAACAAAGGAUUCUUCUGCGCCUCCAAAAGUGAUGAAGAUUACAGAGGGGGAGAUGACCCAUGUGGUGGAGAAGGCUUCUGCCCCAGCUACAAAUUCCUCUUUCCCUUCUCAACUCAACCCCGGGCCCAAAACCUCCCCUAAGAGCCCCGGCUCCCCAGGAUCCUCCCAGGAUAACUCCAUCCCAAUGGGUGCCAGUGCACUAGGGCCUUCAGCUCUUAAACAAGAGGAAGGACGACUUGGAAAGGGAGCCCUGAGUGUGCCACCAGGAAAUAAUGAAACCAAGUUAAAGGAGGAAUUUGGAUACAUUGUCACCAAUCAAAGCCAUCUUAGUCUGUCUGAUGGGGUUCGUCUACUGAAGACCCUUGCUGAGAGGAUCCAUCUCACCACUGGCUCUUUCAUCAAUAUCAGUGUGGUUGGUCCAGCUGUCACUUUCCGGGUGCUCCCCAACAGCCAGAAUUUAACAGCAAACGAGGUGUCCGAAAAGACCGUGGCUCAAAAGAACCUUCUAGAAUCAGAGACUGGUCUAAAGGUGCUUCAGGCAGGUGUUGGGGAGAAGAACGAUGGCCAUGCAUUGCCAGUGGCAACACGUGUACGUGACAACACCCAGUGGGUGUUCCUCAUGUUUGUGGGUGUGGCUUGUGUGGGUGGACUCCUGGUGGGGGCGUUGACCAUCGCCUGCUUGCGCACCCAUGCCCGCCAGUUGGCCUCAGGGAAACUGGGACUAGGACCUGAAGCAGGAAAUGUGACGCAUUAUGAGUACCAGGAUCUUUGUCGGCAGCACAUGGCUGCUAAGUCCUCUUUGGGCAGGCAGGACUGCGGGGUCGGAGCUGCAGGUGGUGCCGGAGCGGGAGGAGGAGGAGGUGGUGGAGGAACGGAUACGUCACGAGUCAGCAGUGUGUCGUCACAGUUCAGUGAUGCACCUCAGCCAAGCCCUAGUUCACAUAGCAGCACCCCCUCCUGGUGUGAGGAGCCAGCGCAGUCUAACAUGGAUAUCUCUACUGGGCACAUGAUACUGGCAUAUAUGGAGGAUCAUCUGAAGAAUAAAGACCGUUUGCUCAAAGAAUGGGAGGCACUGUGCUCCUACCAGGCUGAACCCAGCACCAUCUCAGCGGCCCAGAGUGAAAGUAACAUCAAGAAGAACCGCUGUUCUGAUGCCGUGCCCUAUGACCAUUCAAGAGUGAAGCUGAAAGCUGAGAUUAACCCCUCCAGGACAGAUUACAUCAACGCCAGCACCAUUAUCGAGCAUGACCCCCGGAUGCCAGCUUAUAUUGCCACCCAAGGACCUCUCUCACACACCAUCUCUGAUUUCUGGCAGAUGGUUUGGGAGAGCGGGUGUACAGUCAUAGUGAUGAUGACGGCUCUGGUUGAGGACGGAGAAAAGCAGUGUGAUCGCUACUGGCCCGAUGAGGGCUCUUCUCUCUACCACAUUUAUGAGGUGAACCUGGUGUCUGAGCAUAUCUGGUGUAAUGACUUCCUGGUGCGUAGUUUCUACCUAAAGAAUGUCCAAACCCAGGAAACUCGUACCCUCACUCAGUUCCACUUCCUGAGCUGGCCCGCAAAGGGAAUACCCACCUCCACACGCCCUCUGCUGGACUUCCGCAGGAAAGUUAACAAGUGCUACCGUGGCCGCUCCUGCCCCAUCAUUGUGCACUGCAGUGAUGGUACAGGCCGGACUGGAACGUACAUCCUGAUCGACAUGGUCCUGAACCGCAUGGCUAAAGGAGUAAAGGAGAUCGAUAUCGCUGCAACCCUGGAACACAUUCGAGACCAGAGGCCAGGAAUGGUGCGCACCAAGGAUCAGUUUGAGUUUGCACUGACCGCUGUGGCUGAAGAGGUUAAUGCUAUUCUCAAAGCCCUACCGCAGUGAAACGAAUGCCCAUGACUGAGCACACACACACACACACACUCACAGAUUACAUGCAUGUGUGCAUAACAUGCCUUGUGUGGCCACUGAGGUUAGUAUUAGGGAUAUGCACAAGUAAUCAUCUAGUCAAGUACUCGUUCUACAACUAACUAGUAAAACUCUACACAAACUACUUGCAAAUUGAUUUUCCAUUGCCUUCACUUAAAUCAUUACAUCUGCAGUAAGUGCAUUGGGUGGCACUCUGGGUACACGAUGAAGAGGGGUGAGAGAUCCAAGUGUGCAGUAUGUCAGUCUUCAUGGUUCUUGUCACUUUUAUGGUGGAAAGAAGGUGGCAGUUUCUAUGAGAAGCUGCGAGAGUUGUAAAACUGUUUUUGCAGCUUGUGGCAGAAGACUAUUUCACAUCGGACCCUUUUGUUAACAGAUGGAUGGUAAUUGUUUCUCAUAGGGAUGUAAGGUAUUUUCAACAUUUACAGGGGCUAGUCGCUGAUUUUAUUGCCGUCCGAAUCCAGAAUGUCACUGUUUUUCUCCCACCACCCGUGUAAAAAUCCCCGGCCGAAUUACCUACUGUUUUUUAACAAACGCCAAGGUCGUGUGGUAAUUUAAUUGCCGUCUGAAUCCACAUCUCUGAGUUUACAAGAGGAGAUCAAUUCAAAAUUCACAGUUUAAAUCCUUUUUGACAACUGCGGAACACCGUACGAGUGCUUCACAUAUACUUUAAUUACUGAAACGCUGGGAAAUGCUACUUCAUCACGGCUCCACCUCAGUGAAAGGAGAAAGAAGAAAAAAGCAUGUUUUCAUUUGAAAUGGGUCGUUCCAAUUUUAAAAUUUGUUAUAUACAAUUAUAUACAUAUAAACUAAGCACCUUUAUGUUUAUCUCAUGUAAAUAAGAGGAUGGAUUAACUUAUUUCCACUAAUUUCCAUAUUUUUUAAAAUGACAUCCAUCAUUUUGAGAUAAAAUGCAAGACUAUAAUGUGUUUAUCUUCCUAUAACAGGAGAUUUAAAUAAUAUUAUUUUCCUAUUAUUAAACUAAAUAUGAAUUUAUUCGUAUUAUUCCAAGCAUAUGACAUUUUAUUUACAGCAGACAAUCAUGCGACUGAUCAUGUGAGCAGUGCGUUCUCGGGUUCGUAGGAUCACUAAACUCGUUCCUCCACCGUGAAUAAAUCGCCAUCUGAACAUGUGAGUUUUAUGACUGAGCUGCCAUGCAGAUUUAUUUUUACAGACGUCCACGUGAGAAACAAUUACCGUUUGAAUAGGGCUUAAGAUGCCGACUUACAGCUCUUGUAUUUCUGAGUAAUAUUAAUGUAUAUGAUAAAAUAGAUCAUAGAACUAAAUAGAAAUUCAGUUUUGUCAUAUAAAUUAAUUAGCUUUUAUAUUAUUUUCAAAAGAAAGGCAUAGUUUGUGAAAGCAUUGUAAAGCUGAUUUAGCUUUAUGUUUGUGAAUAAAAAAAUAUUUAACAUAUUUUAUUUUAAAUGUAUGAGUAAUUGAUACUUGUUUUUAAUCUUAGAGUACUUGCCUACAAAAUUACUCAAUGCCAUCCCUAAUUAUUAUUGCUGAUUUCCAGCACUCAAACACACUCAAAAACACAUAUCCCAACCAGUUCUCCAAUAUUGCCUUCCUACAGCAUGUAAAAUCAAAUCUCCUUCAAUUAAUACUCACACAGAGAUAUACUUGGACCUAUAUUUAAGCUCUUCAGGAUCUGAUUUCUUCCUUGCCUUCACGCUUGGUAACAAAAUGUAAUUAUCUAAAGGGAAGUCCGUUUCUCCGUGUUCCCUCUCUCUCUCUCUCAGUUUCACCAUGGUGAUGACUUAGUCCUGUUACGUACACUUCUUCAGUGUUAUGUGAGUUUCCUUCACAAUAGUCUUGUCUACUGUGGUGGUAGGAGGCAGGGAAAACAAGUAUCAUGAAGGUGAGCUUUGAUGUAGUCUUAUGUUCAACAUAUUUAACACACAUCACAUGUUAACGUGUGCCCUCAGAAUUUUACACGCCCCCUUGCAUGUUCAUUUAUUAAAAAAAAAAAAAAAAAUGUUUUAGUUUUAAACUAUUACACAUAAUUAUAACAAGUGGCCCUCACGAGCAGAACAUAAAAUGUGGAAAAAAAUGGCAGAUUCCAUUUGAGCCUAUUCAUGUUUCCACACAAACUCCACAUUUCUUUAGUUCCCUAAGGGAAUCCGUCACACUUCAUUUCAACAAGAAUGCCGUCAAAUGCUCAUGUGACAGCAGGAACUUAAAGUAGAAGGUAUGUUGAAUUUCAGAUCAGAUUUUGAAGAACAUUCUGAUCUGUUGUAGGAUUAUGUUGAAGACUUUACUCUUUUCUUUUCCUCCUUGGUCAAAAUCUCUCUUUCUCUACUUUAUGGUUAUUGUGGUCAACCUAAUUGUUCUAUUCCUCUGGCAAAUCAGUAAAAAAAAAAAUAAAAACAAAAGAUGUCAGAAUUAUUUAAAAAGCAUAUAUUUUGUAUCUUGUGAUGACUAAUAAAAUAAUUGUGAAGUGAUGCAGAGCA